CUGGGAGGGUACAGGAACAAACUGACCAAACUAGAGUACCAUCAUGCAUUCUCACAGACCGCUCCCAGAGAACGCAAAGUGUUUGAUUACCCUGAGCCAGGAGUUGGCGUUCCACUUUUGUUCCAUCGAGACACUCAGACGCCUUUUCCCCUUAAAGAGUCAAAAAUAAACACUUCUUCUGAAAAAAGCACACAAGUGUACAAGAGCGAUCGGAUCAUUCCUAAAAUAGCGGAUAAAGUUAUAUCAGCCAAACCUUAUCAGUCGUACGCGGAAUGGCUUGUGGUUAACAAUGUUGAAGAAAAGGUUAUGAAGAUUCAAAGAGCUGUACGACACUGGCUGCAUCGUUGUCGAGUAAAUAAACUAUUUGCAUUGCAGCGAUACCUCUUGGAAGACGUGAAACGCCAACGCAUUGAAAUGUUGAAAGAGCAGGCGGAAAAAGAAGAGAAGAUUCUAACAGACCCGUUUCCAUCGAAAAGAGACGACUUUUACAUGAUGUACCUGAUGGUGGGCAAAUGGUGGCAAAAAGAAUGGCAGAGGAUUUGCGAUAUGAAAACGGAAGCGCCGAAAAAAGCUGAGUUUGUUGCGCUUUUAGAAAAAGAAAUCAAGUUGUUAUCUGCAAUUGAAAAACAUCGAAUUGAAGUCAAACGAGAGGCACUGAAAAGACAACAAUUGAGAUUUCUCGAGAUGUCUUCUCGUCCUUUGACCUUCAGGAACGCUAACGGGCAACUGACCACCAUAGAUGACCCUGCGACCCAGAGAGCGAGAGAGUUCAAGGAAGUCUACACAGAUUUGGUGCGAACAGAUGUCACACCCAAGGAUAGAAUUGACUUCCUCAUUACUCUGAAGCAACUCAUGUCAAAUUACUCUGCUUACGAGUACACAAAAGAUAUUAUUAAGUUAAUCGACCGAGAGAUAAAUUUACUAGCAAUAGGUACAAAAGACGCUGACUUAUCCAUGCUGAGAAAGAGAAUCGAACAGCUCUAUAUGGAUUUCCUCCAUCAUCCCCAGUUCAAUCCAAAAGUUGCGAGUUAUAGGAUACCCAACUGGACCAAGAAACAUGAUGCGCUCUAUAAAUGUACAAGAUGUAUGAAACUACUACCCGCAUCUAGAUAUCCUGUUCAUACCAGGAUGAAAGCCUACACUGUGUGCAAGUCUUGUGAUUGGUUGCAGAAUGUGGGACACCAGCGGAUAGACAUGACACCCUACAUGAGGCUACUCAAACAGGUACAAACCUCAGAGAUGCAGAAGAACUGCUACUCUUCCGUCUGCUUCGUGUUUCAACAAAUCGGGAUGUUUUUCCUGACCAGCGUUAUUUGGCACGGACACUCAGCCAUCAGCGAAGACCGAGACUUAGCCAAGCUGACCCACGUAAGAUGGCAACGCGAGGUCGAGUGGUCUCCUUGGAACACUAUCCUUCUGACGGAAGAAGAAGCGGAAUGCCACAUCAACAUUGAGAAUGUUGGAAAGUUCUACGACAAAGUGUUCACCGAAGCUGUCAGACAGAAGCAUAUUCUAGCGCGAAUCCAUUUUACACCUCUGCUCAAGACAGAUAAGCAUCUUAGGAGCACUGGAGUCUGGGAGAAGAUCACUGAUAUCGUACCUCCACCACCGAAAGUGGUGCCGCUUAAGCCGCAGAUUGUAUUUAAAGAGUAA